AUGCAGUCUAUCAAUGGUACAAGAAGUAAUUCGUUUUGCGGAUGGUCUGAGCUCCAGUUCAGCACACCAAGGGGUAUUAUCUCAACCCAAGUAGCAAUUGACAUUCUUGAACACUGGCCCGCUCCAGACGAAAGACCAAAACCUGCGUCAAAUUAUCCACACCGAUACGGAAAUAAAGGAGAAGGUCUAGAAUACGCCCUUUUUGAAGAUAAAUGGGAGGUUGGAAACGCAACACUAGUAGCGCAUCCAGUCAAGUUUCACGGUGAGCCAAGCUUCGAUCCCUGGAAGGAAACAGUCAAAUUUAAAUCUGACGCAGCCCCUCCAGGCCCUCUCGCAAGACCGAUAAACCAGCCUGGGCCAUUCAGAUUAGUCACGGAUCAGAGGCACUGCCGUAUUGUAGGAGCUAUGUACCAUCCUGUAGGAGACCUCAGUGGUUUCGCUAGGGCUGCUUUGGAACCAAUCGACCAGGAACGUAAGAAGCAACUUGUCACACAUAAAAGGGAAAAGUUAAGAACGACAAACUCUUCCCACCUAUAAGUAUUCCUUUUCUCAAUGUUGCUUCAACACUCCCUCUCAUCUCAAAAGCUGGCUUGAAAUCCCCCCUCCCUCUUGCAUAUGAUCCAUCUUGGACAUCAAUCGCCGUUAGUUUAAAUCCAAUUUUCAAUCACCCAAUACAAACCUGAUUGCACCCCUUCUAGGUAUAUCAGUCUUGCUACAUGUAAGCCGCUGCCAAGCUUCUCGUGUAA